CGGGAGGUAGUAUGUGUCAGGCCUUUUUUCUGUAUUAGUUGUUUUAUUUUGUGUUGGAGUGUUACAUUUUAGGUUGUUUUAUUUUUAAGUAGUUAGUCGUAAAAUUAUUUAUGAAUCAAACCGCCUUCUAUCAUAGUUGGGUAGGAGGAUACGUGACAUCGUUUGGGCUCAUACACUCUUAGAAUUCAUGAGGAUGUUACGGCAGUCACCGAGUGAAAUGGAUUCGAGGGGAUGCCAAGACGAACAUGAGCAUGAAGUGUCUAUGAAAAACAACCCGCUGGGAGGGUCAUUCGAAGGGGCUGAUGAAUGCGACGACCCGCUUCUCGUCGUAAGCGAUGAACAAUUAGAAAACGGCAUGUCUUUGCCUCCGCUUGAAACAUGGAAUGUCGAAGAUUUACAGAAGGUGUCCAAAGAUCCGGAAAUACUAGAUGCGAUGAUAAUGGCGUCCCCUUUGGUGGUUGCAUUAGAAAACAAAAAAUCCCAGUUGCUAAGUGAGAACACCAAAUUAGCCAAAGAAAACUUAACUUGUGAAGAGACGAUAGCCUCUUUAAUGGAAGAGUUGAGUGUAAAACAAGAAAUGCUUAGGAAUUUACUUGAUGAAGUCGAGAAAUCAAGUGCUUCUUAUGCAAAACUCGCUGAAGCGUAUAGUCCAAACAAUAUAAGAGAAUCUCUUCAGAAAUCGGUUUUGGCGAUCGACGAGGACAGUGAAAGGAUAGCUGAACAUUUUCUCCAAGGAGGUGUAGAUAUCGAUGAGUUCAUCGCUGAUUACACGGGAAAAAGAAAGUUGAGUCAUAUCAGAAAGAUAAAAUGUGAAAAGUUAGGGAAUCAAUUGAAAAAGUUCGAGCAAGCGGGCUUAUAAGAGACUGCCCGGACUCUUGCGUGUUUAGCACCAAUAUAAACCAAAUUUUAUAUUAUAAAUAUCUGAAAAGCUUUUUUUCUUCUUCUUUUUGGAGGUACAAAGAUGACCGAAUGUAGGUUUUGGAAUUGUCGAUGUGGCACAAAACUGUAUAAACUAGCGGUACAGUGUUAAAAAAACCGAUGUGAAGUGUUUUCUAUGGUAUGAAUUAAUUUACAUAAUAUUUAAUUAUUGGUCAUCUCGUUUUCAUUCUGUACCUCUCAAUAAAUUGGUCAUUUAUAAAAUAUAAAAUGUGAUGAAAUAUAUAUAUUUUUGUAAAUUGUAAAGUAUAUGAUUGUUUGUGCUUAGUCGGUUUUAAAUUAUUUAUAAUUUUUUCAAUUGAUAAAAUAAUUAAAUUGCUAAAAUGUUGUGCCUCAAUAAAAACAAAAACCUGGUACUACACAAAUAUUUUUUUUAAUUAGUGAUUAUUGAUGAAAUUUGUACACACAUAAACACAUAUACUGAGUUGAGCCUAUCUAUCACUAAUUAAAGCUACUAAUUAUCACACUAAUUAGAGCAGCUUUUAUAAUUGACAAUAAAUUACUAGCAGGCCUCGAGAA